AUGUCUCAAAGGCCUUCUCACAAGCGAUCUAAAAGCGCGCUUGCUCUCUCAUUGCUCCGAGGUGAGCGCGCUGCAAAGGGGGACAGUGGUUCUGAGAGCGGGUCACCUAUAACACGCACCUCCUCGAACAGCCUCCUUGUUCCUACCGCCAAUUCAGGCUCCAGCAACCCGACAAGCGCAGUCGAUGGCGGAACCCUUUCGCCCAUUUCUGAACCAACCGAGUCUACCGCAUCGCUGGAGACUGCAGAGAAAGUGGCUCCGUCAGGGAUGCAGGAUCACAAAACGUCGAUAGAAGAUUCGGUCAGAACUUUCCGGGUCUUUGGGAUACUUCGCAAUGGAGAUACAGCAGCCAUUUCCAAAGCCCUCAAGGAGGCCUCCAGCAACAAGAUUCCUGGUACAACCAUUCUGCAUCUUGCCAUUCAAUGCGCCGAACCUCAUGUGGUCGAUUAUGUUUUAUCGAAUGGUGGCGCAAGCGACGUAAAUUCUCGCGACAAGGAGGGCAACACUCCUCUGCAUCUCGCGGCGCAGUUAGGUCGGGUGCCAAUUGUCAAGCAGCUUCUUCAGCAGGCCAAUGUAGAUGAGUCCGUGGUCAAUCACCAGGGCCGAAUGCCAAUCGAUGUUGCAAGAACGCCGGAGAUUUUCCAAGACUUGCAGCUUGCGCGGUCGCUGUACGUUGAUAGUGUUGUACGACAGGUGCACGACUUCAUCAGCCACAAUGAUCACCGGAAAUUAGAGAAUCUGUUAGUCGACCCAAGGGUUGAGAACGUUCUUGACGUCAACGCCUUAGAGCUGGUGACUGAUCCCGAGACCAUGGCAAGUGGAGGCACAUUGCUACAUGAGGCUGCUAGAAAGAAAGACAUCUCGCUCAUCCAGGUAUUACUUAUGCAUGGCGCGGAUCCCUUUCGACGUGAUCGAAAGGGGAAAUUGCCACAAGAUGUCACCAAGGACGACCGUACCCGGGCAAUCCUGAAGAAGUCACCCGCAGCAGCUGUAGCACAGAGAGGGAUUCAAGAAAAGGCUAUCCUCGGAGGCAUUCCCGGCCAGAAAUCACACGCAGGAACUCCUGUCGAAUCCGGCAAAGACAGUCGAGAGAUGAAGGGCUACCUGAAGAAAUGGACCAACUAUACGGGGGGCUACAAAUUGAGAUGGUUUGUACUCGAAGAUGGCGUACUUAGCUAUUACAAGCAUCAAGAUGAUGCCGGGUCCGCGUGCCGGGGUGCUAUCAACAUGCGCAUAGCCAAGCUACACAUGGACCCACAAGACAAAACACGUUUUGAAAUUCACGGCAAAUCUUCCGUCAAGUAUCACCUGAAGGCUAACCAUGUAGUUGAAGCGAAACGAUGGUUCUGGUCUCUCAACAAUGCCAUCCAGUACACCAAGGAUGAGGCGAGAGCAGACGAGAAGCGGAAGACCAAGGAUGCCGAAAGUCUACGGCAGGCAAAGGCGGAGGUGAGUGAUAGGUUACGGCCCGACUCAGAAGCUCUGAGCAUGGCAAGCGCAAGGCCCACGACGCUUGCGGCGCCUUCAUUGCUAACGGUAGGGGGUCCAGCUGGAUCACGGGUCAGCGGUGCUGCCUCCUUUCGGACAGAGAGCGCCUUCGGGGACGAUGCAGGCUCCAACUAUGGCUCCUAUGAACCGAGCCUGACCGCCGGAGAUGUCGGCAGAGUGGCAACCAAUGCUGAAAGGGCGGCUGAUGAUUUCGACGAAGAACAGGAGGAUGAUGACGACCGCAGCAGCAACCAUGUGCAGCCAGUAAACAAAGAUGCAUUCAACAUCACUGCACAGUCGGCGAAGUUUCAGCUCGAUCUUCUGGCUCGUGUAUCGGAUGCUCUCAGUGCAGAGCGAGCAAAGAACCCCAGCAUGCCGAUCUCUGAUCCGACCGUGUCGCAGGUCAUAUCCACUUACGAAGCUGCUGUCAGCAGUCUUGACGGCCUUGUUGUCAGUCUCUUGAAGAUCUCACGGGAUCGUGAUGCCUACUGGCAAUACCGACUUGACAAGGAAGCCGAUACGCGGAAAAUGUGGGAAGAGAGUAUGGCGCGGAUUGCGCAAGAACACGAAGAACUCCAGAAGAUGGUGGGUGAAUCUGAGGAGAAGCGAAAACGAACGAAACGUGCUUUGAGAGAAGCGCUCGAAGGACAAUCCGCUGCUGCCAGUCAGCCUGCCAGUCAGCCUGCCAGUCGAAGCGGGACACUGGAUCGUGUCCAGUUCGCUGUGGCUCUAGAAGAUGUGCCGCUGAACCGCGACGGCCGUGCGUCAGUGCACCGGAAAUCUAUCAGUAGCCGAGAGGGCGCUCGGAGAAAGUCUGUCAUCGCGCAAUACACCAACAUCUCUGAUUCGGAAUCCGGUGAUGAUGAGGAGUUCUUCGAUGCUAUUGACGCGGGGGAGGUGGAAAUUGUUGCUGCUCCGCUAAGUCCUCCACUGCCUCAAGCUCCCCCCAGCGACUCAGCCUCGGACGAGCGCGAGGUGAAGAGGAAGCAGAUCGUGUCGUCGUUUGCGGGCUACGAGGACCCGGUCCGCACGAAACUGAAAAUGGACGCCGACAAUCGACCCAGGAUCUCUCUCUGGGGGAUUUUGAAGUCGAUGAUUGGAAAGGACAUGACGAAGAUGACACUACCUGUAUCGUUCAAUGAGCCCACGUCGUUGCUUCAACGUAUCGCGGAGGACAUGGAAUACGCAGAUCUCCUGGAUAUCGCAGCAGACCGGACGGACAGCGCCGAAAGAAUGGUCUACGUGGCGGCGUUUGCGGCUUCUGAGUACGCGUCCACGAUUGGCAGAGUUGCCAAACCAUUCAAUCCCUUGCUGGGCGAGACGUACGAGUACGUUCGGCCCGACAAAGGCUACCGCUUCUUGAUCGAACAAGUCUCCCAUCACCCACCCAUCGGAGCUGCCCACGCCGAGUCGGCGAACUGGGACUACUUUGGCGAAAGCGCCGUUCGCUCGAAGUUCUACGGCAAAACUUUUGACAUCAAUCAUCUGGGCACCUGGUUUCUGCGCCUCCGCCCCGCCCACGGCGGUGCCCCCGAACUCUAUACAUGGAAGAAAGUGACCGCCUCCGUGGUGGGCAUCAUCACCGGCAACCCUACCGUCGACAACUACGGACCAAUGGAGGUCAAAAACUGGACCACUGGCGAGGUGUGCAUGCUGGACUUCAAGCAGCGAGGCUGGAAAGCCAGCUCUGCCUACCACGUGACGGGCAAAGUGAUGGACCAAGGCGGCAACACGAAAUGGAGCAUCGGCGGCCGGUGGAACGAUAAGAUCUACGCGCGCCCGACCCCGGGCUUCGAAGACCAAGAUAUCUCGCGAUCCGUGCCCGUGCACGGCCACGGUACCGACGCCGCAGCGGCGGGCAAUGGCAAGCCCACCCGCGGCCGCCCGGGAUCCCCUUCAACCUGA